AAGGUGUUGUUUCAGACCUUGCGUGAAAGUAGUAGCCCAGCAGAGGAAAAUCUGUGUUUAUAACUACUUUAAUUCCACGAUAAAGACGGAAAAAGCACGUGAUUGCAGGAGUCACAGAGUAAAAGUUCUCCGCGACCCCGUGUUGUUCGAGCGGACUCAAGUUGUUGUUUCUAACCGCAGUUUUACGGUUUCGUUUGGACAAAGGGGAAAGUAAACGUCCAGGCGACGGGCCUUUGAUUGUAUGCUUUAGGCUACUUCCCGCUUCAGUCUUCCUUAACAAACGAUCGAUUUUUUUAAGUAUACCACUCUAGUUAACUUGUUUUGUGCCGAUCAUAAGAAUUUUAUUAAAGCUGGAUUUUUUUUCAUUGAUUUUGGGAAUUCACAUACUUGCUUCUCAACGACUAAUUAUUGAAUGAAAAAUCAGACCACUUGGACAAAAUGAAAAAGGAGGUCUCCACAGCUGCGAGUUUCGUCACUAGAUUACUCAGGACAACCGGACUGCUUUCCGAGGACCAACUGGAGCAGUUCAGCCGGUCCCUCGAGGAGGCAUUGCGCGACCAUUACCGACACCACUGGUUCCCCCAGACCCCUUGCCGAGGUUCCGGGUACCGAUGCAUCAGGAUCAACCACAAAAUGGAUCCGUUGAUCGGGAAAGCGGCUUGUACCAUCGGACUGCCCCGGGAUCAGCUCUUCUCGUUGCUUCCCAGCGAACUCACGAUGUGGGUCGAUCCAUACGAGGUUUCUUACCGAAUCGGAGAAGACGGCUCCAUCUGUGUUCUGUAUGAGUCCACGCCACCUGUAGGCACGGCUGAGGCGGACAGCCGAGGCAGCUGUAAGGAGCAGCUGAUGAUCGGAAGGUCCAGUCCGGCCAAAGUGAACAUGAUGACUGUUUCAAGCUAAUAACGCGCGACCGCAACCGGCUCCCUACAUGCACAUUUGAUGAUGUUCCCUUUUUCUGCAAGCAAAUGAAUUUAGUUUUGUUGCCAAAGCCAUGUUUUGUUGUGGCGUUGGAUUAAAGUAAACGUUUUCUGUGAUUUUACCAAUUGUGUACUGUAAAUGAGGUGUACAGUAAUGUGGUAAUGUUUUAAAAAUUUAUAUUAAAAGAAAAUUCCUUGAGUUUUUGUAAUAC